ACCCCAAAUAUCGUUUGAAUUCGUAUACUCUCGGAGCUCUCGGAUAUCAUAUCCGCUCUCUCAUAUGAUUUCAAUGAUCAUCAUCAUUGAAAUCUAUUUGGCGCCAAACUAGCCAAACAGAGACAAAAAGCGAACGGUCCAAAAAUUUGACACUCGGCACAUCUGUUUUCCAUGUGCAUUUCAAGAAUUGUUAAUUUUCGUGGAGUUAUACUCAAAUAUAUCGUGAAGUUAUUCGUGAGAGAAGUGUUUGUUCUGUAAAUAUCGUGAGCAUUCGUUGAGGAUAUUGGCACAAUGGACGAGGACAGGCUAGUCAAGCGAAAGCAAAAAGCUAAGCGAGAUGGUAACAUGGUACAACUUUCUCAAAUCUCCAAAGAAUUGGGUGACAUGUACUUCGAAACUGGACGUUUAAAGGACGCUCUUCUGGAAUACAACGACCAAUUGAAUGCGUGUGAGGUUUUAAAUGAAAAACUCAAUUGCGCUAUUGCACACAGAAUGAUCGGAGAAGUUCAUGCAAGCCUUGGUGAUUACGACGAAGCGCUCGUCCACCAAAUGCUUCAUUUGGAAGGAGCAAAAGAGGCUGAGAAUUUACUGGAACAGCAAAGGGCCCUUGCGACUCUUGGUAGAACUCACUUUUGUAAAGCACAAGCCUUUCCCGAAGGAACAACUGAAAGGAAAGAAGCUUGUGCUGCUGCCAAGAAAGCUUACUCUAAAAGUUUAAGGCUGUGUAAUGAUUUGGAGAACAUGGACAUAGGAUUGGCCGAAAUGAUGACAAUGAGGGCGAGACUUUUACUCAAUCUCGGCCUGGUUUUGGAGGAACAACAAGAAUUUUUGCAAGCAGUCGAGUUGAUCGAGAAAGCAGCUGAAUUAUUUAAAAAACACAAAGUUGUUGAAGAUUUGCACAGAACGCACAUAGCACUGGGUGCUCUUCACGAACGUCAAAAAAACUUCAGUUUGGCACUGCGACACAUUGACCAAGCCAUCAACAUCGACGACUCGUCUUUGAAAGCUGUUGGUCAAUUGACCAAAGCCGAGUUAUUGUUGCGUAUUGGGGACUGGUCCGAAGCACGUCGAAUUUUGGUUGUCUUGUAUUUGUCGAAAAACGUCUCGGGAACGACGUCUCAACAAAUUCAGAGAUUACUUCGAAUUGUGGUAACCAUAUGCCGUGCCGAAGAAAAUCUAGAAGUGGAAUUGGACCGUUCAACGCGUCAGAAGCUUUACGAAACUUUGGGAGACGCAUCGGCGGCAGUUCGUUCAUACGAAAAGGCGUUGGAGUACUAUAAAGAAAUGUUGAUUUGCGCAGAGCAGGAGGACGAUUCGAGCGAACAAAUAUCGGCAGCAUUAGUAAGUUUAGUGCAAACUUACAGAGACGUGGAACGCUACAGCGAAGCGAUACCGUUCGCGCGUCGAGAAUUGGCUCUUUGUACGGAACCCUCGGAGAUUUGUCGUUCAGCGUUAAAUCUCGCAGACCUUCUGUAUUUGACGCGAGGAUCGAACAACGAAAUAAUGGAAAUGUACAAUUUGGCGAUGAUUAACGCUCGAAAAUGUUCAAACAAGCGAUUGGAAGCUUCGGUAUUGAACGAUACGAUUGUUUAUCUCGAGGAAACUCAUCAAUUCGAUGCAGCAGAAGAGUUUAAAAAUAAACUGAACGAUUUGGGUGCCGCGGUGGUCGAGGACACGGCGAGCAGUGAAAAUGAGUCGGAAUGCGCGAAAAUCGGGGACGAUAUUUGCCUGGAGGAUUUGUCGGACGUUGAAAUGGAAAUGCGCAAAAGGGACGAGAGCUCGAAACGGCAUUCGAAACGCAACUCAACGAAGCGUUCGUCUCACGUAAUAAAAAGAAACGCAAAGGGAGAAACGAAACUGCACGUCGCUUGUAUAGCUGGAAAUAUCGAGGAAGUUACGAAACUUUUGGAAUUGAAUCAUCCGACGGAGGUUCGAGAUCAUUGCGGAUGGACGCCGCUCCAUGAGGCGGCGAAUCAUGGGCACGUUGAAAUAGCUGAACUUCUUAUUAAAUCCGGAGCCAACGUAGAUGAUCCCGGUGGUCCGAUGUGCGGGGGCGUAACGCCUUUGCACGACGCCGCUUCCUGUGGCCAUUUUUCCAUGAUGUUUUUACUGAUGAAAAGCGGUGCCAAUCUCCGAGCUAAGACGCGAGACGGUGAGACGAUUCUCGAUUGCCUCGAGGCAUGGAAACGUCGCUCCGAAGAUUUGUCCCCGAGCGAGCAGCUCGAAUACGACAAUUUGCACUCGAAACUCUCCGCGGUUUUGCCACAAAGCACCAAAAAAUCACCGUUCUCAGGAAGACGAAACACCCUCGAAGACCUGACGGACAAAGAUGAAACUCUGAGCGAGGAUUACGUGCCCGAAAGGAUUUCCGCCGGUGAAGAUUAUCGUCGAACUAUCGAGAACGUGAAAAAUCGCUUCAGACCCAACAGCACGGAAACUAGGCGAUUUUCAUUGGUCGCAGAAAAAAUUCCUUCACCUCUGGUCGACAGCGAAGAAAUGAUAGAUGAUUGGCUCGAGGACGAUCUAAAUUGUACAGUAAAAGAAAAAACUCUUGUUGAUGAACGAUCUUCUUCGGGCAGUAACAAAAGAAAGUCUUUCAACGAAACACCAGAAAAUGACAAAACCAUUAAACGCCCAAGGACGAGCGCAGCCCCUGAAAAUUUGGAGAAUAACGAUGUUAUCAUCAACGAGAAUAGCUGCGAUAGCAACAACAGUGAUUCCUCCGACGUCAUUUUUUUUCCUCGUCAAACCGACAAGAUAAAGAAAAAAAAAUCGAUACAACUGUCGCUUUUGAAGGCUGGCUUCUCCAGGGACGCGGCUCCCUCGCGAACGCCUUCGCCCCUUUUCAAUUACAAUCCUGAAAAUAGUAAUCACUACAACAGACUAAACGAAUCCAUCAGUGAAAUUGUCAAAUUAUUUAUUCGCAUCGAAGAUAAAAUGAUCAAUUUGAAACUGAGGUUUCCUGAACAACGUGAAACCACCGUCGAAUGUCUCACCAAUGAUAUCGUGCAGAAAUUCGAAGAUGAAACUGGAUGCAGAGUCAAAAUUACUCUCACGACUAUGAGCGGCGAAAUUUUGUUGCGAGAAAAUAGCCUGAAAAAUGUUAGACCCAUCGAUGGUGUCCUACGAUUAGUCGCAGAUAUUGUUGAAACUGAAAUACCUCCAAGCGUCGAUAGAUUUGGAAAAAUUUGCAAAAGUCAUCAAAUUCAAACGAGGGAUGCUGUACUGAAGUGUUUGAAAAUAAGUGAAAACACGUCAACAUUUCGUGUGAAACCUGGACAAAUAAUGGACAGAGAGAUGAUCCCAUUGCUGAAAUGUCUGGAGUAUCAAGAGAAACUGCAAAUUCUUCAAUUGUCCGGGGGCUCGUUGUACGACAGUGGUAAAAUAUUGAACAACGCGUUGAAACGAUUGUCAACGUUGCAAGAAUUACAUUUGCAAGGUUGCGACAUGGAUGAAAAUUGUUUCAAUUGUUUGGAGAGAUUGCCAACGCAGUUGCGAAUUCUGGAUCUAAGUUAUAAUCCAUUGGGGCCGCGGUGCGAGGAAAAGCUGAGCGAACUUCUGUCCCACAAUCGUCAUUUGCAAACUUUAAAUUUGCGUUAUUGCAAAUUAACGAAAUUCGCAACCCCGGAGGAGUGGUCGAGUUUGGUGAAUUUGGAUUUGUCCUCAAAUCCAUUGGAGGUAAACGUGACUAGGCAUUUUCUACGACGCCAAAUGUUGAGUCUUAAUCUUUCGAGCACUUGUGAGAAAGCGAAGCCUUCGAUCGCCCGUGAAAUUCUCGAUGGUUCAACGGCGUCUUUGCGAACUCUGGAAAGCCUCGAAUUGGCUUGUUGUGAUCUGACCGACGAAGACGUCGAAGAAAUUAUCUCGAAAACUGCAAAUUUGUCGAAAUUCGUUGUAAGCGGUAACACCAAGUUGACGAAAAAAGCGGUUGAGUUUUUGCUGGCAAGAAAACCGUCUCUCACUCACAUCGACGCAAGUGGAUGUCGAAAAAUUGUUGAUGCUCCGUCAAGUUGUGCUCACAUUGAAAAUCCUCGGAUUUGUACUUUGAGGGCGAGCAUUUCGGAAGACGUGGAAAAAUAUUGGCUGAGGCUGUGGCGGGGUAAUGCCAAUUUACGAAAAUUACCUCAUAAUAUUAUCACCUUUGAGCCAACCGUCCAUUGAAACGAAUUUUUUCGAUAGACAAAAAC